UUGGGGCCCUAGGGCGAGCGAUGGCGCGGGGGGCCAGGCUUGCGGGCGCCGGCGGCUAUUCCGCGCCGCCUGGGCGCGGCCGGCGUUGAGCCGCAUGCUGGUGGCCAAGAAGACGAAGGGCACGCCCACGUGCCAGAAGUGCCUGACCCCCGGCCACUGGACCUACGAGUGCAAGAAUGCCGCGCCCGUGUACCAGGUCCGGCCGAGCAGGACGAAGCAGCUGAAGCAGAAGAGGCUGCGACAGCCGUUCAUGGAGGAGGAGGCGCCCGAGGUCCCGAAUAAUCCCUUCCUCUUCGACGAUAAGCUCCGCAACGGCACGGAGGAGAGCAAGACGGAUGCACAGCCCGGCGUUGACCUCAAGAGGAAGAGAGACGAAGAUGGCGACGCCAAGGACAAGAAGGACAAAAAAAAGAAAAAGAAGAAGAAGGAGAGCUCGAGCUCGUCGUCGAGCUCUUCGAGCUCUUCCUCCUCGAGCUCGUCCUCGUCCUCUGACUCGUGAGCUGGCCUCCCUCCCCUCCCUACCCCUUCCACCACCAGCCUCCCCCUCAUCCUCAGCCCUCCGGCAAGGAAAGGAUCGGCCAGGCGAAUCUCGGCUAGGCCGAACUCGGCCAGCUGAACUCGACCCGUCUGGAUUCGACCCUGGCCGAUUUCAGCCUUGCCUAGCUUAGCCUUGUGGCUGAGAUCGCCAGGCGAGGCCAGCCUGGCAAAGUUCAGCUGGCCGAGCUCAGCUUGGCCAGUUGUUGUCUGGCCAGAUUCAGCUGCUGCCCUCCCCUCUCCUCCUCCUCGUCCUCCUCCUCCUCCUUCUCC